UCUACUCAUACCUGCUGUAAAACACAACGACGACAUUGCUACACGUUUACCAGCAAUGAAAGAGCUGCUGCGACAUGUAUUAUCGACUAUAUCUGCAAGAUAAUGUAGAUGAGAAGUUUGUGUAACGUUAUUUACAGCCUACAAACAUAAACCCGAACCCCGGAGCGGGGAGAGACACCUUCAGGGCGGACAGGUAACCCCGGAGCGGGGAGAGACACCGUCAGGGCGGACAGGUAACCCCGGAGCGGGGAGAGACACUCAGGGCGGACAGGUAACCCCGGAGCGGGGAGAGACACCGUCAGGGCGGACAGGUAACCCGGAGCGGGGAGGGACACCGUCAGGGCGGACAGGUAACCCCGGAGCGGGGAGAGAGACAUCCGGUUCGGACAGGUAACCCCGGAGCGGGAGAGAGACUCAGGGCGGACAGGUAACCCCGGAGCGGGGGAGAGGGGGACACCGCAGGGCGGACAGGUAACCCCGGAGCGGGGAGAGACACCGUCAGUGCGGACAGGUAACCCCGGAGCGGGGAGAGACACCGUCAGGGCGGACAGGUAACCCCGGAGCGGGGAGAGACACCGUCAGGGCGGACAGACUGACUGGUGUCGCGAUGUGGCGCAGCAGCCCGUGGGCCCUCCUCCCUCCGGUCUACUCUGGGCUCACUGCUGCUGGGCUGUGGCUGGUAUACUUUGUAGCUGUAAAGGAUGAGAAGAUCGCACCCCUGGGUUCAACAUACAGGAGAAGAAAUGGAUCGUUUUAUCCUCCCUACAUUAGUGUUGCAGGCAACUUCUCACCAGCCAGCUGCGUCUUCAGCGAGGUCAUGAACUUGUCUGCGUUUGUGGGGUUCCUAAUCGCUGUCCUCCGAUACCUUCAGCUGAAACACAGGACACCCCAUCAGUGGCUGAACGUCGGCAGUCUGGUGGCUUUCUCCAUCGGCUGCUUCGGGAUGACGCUUGUUGGAAACUUCCAGCUAUUUACUGAGGAGAUGAUCCACAACUUGGGCACGUUGAUGACGUUUGGGCUGGGAACGCUGUACUGCUGGGUGCAGUCCUACAUCACCCUGAGAGUGGAUCUGAAGAAGGAAGGGAGGAAGGCCGGGAUCGUCCGCUUCCUGUUGUCUGGAUCCAUCACCGUCUGCAUGAUUCUCUACUUCUCCCUGAUGGGGCGGCGCCUCCACAUGCAGGCAGCUCAGUGCCAGUGGGCGCUGGUCAUGUUCUUCAUCGCCUUCAUCGGCACUUUUGCCAUCGAGUUUCGCCACAACCGCUUCGGCAUCGUGUGCACAGACAGCUGUGGGCGUCCGGCGAGCCGGUCCGAGGCGCUCUCCGAAGCAUCCAGGUACCAGCCGGACCAAACCUAGGGACGGCUCACGUUUAAAGAGCUUCAGGUGGCGCAGGGAUCAGCAACUUUAAGAUGCAUUCAUUCCAUCUUUUUUUACUCUACUCACAUUAGUUUUCCCAACACUUUUUUUUAAACAUUACAAACGUCUGUAUGUUUAUUUUUGGGGUAUUGUAUGAAUGUAUAGAUGUUAUAAAUCAAAAUGCAAGUUUGCACAGUACACAAUCAGUAUCCGUAAAAAUCCAGCAACGUUGUU